CAUCCACUUCGACCUGCAGCAGGUCUUCUUACAGUGGAUCCACUCGGCCAACAUGAAUUGCAACUCCUCGCGAUUGCUCGAGGGGCGCAAGCCGCUCAUGCAGCCGCGCGACCUGCGCCCGGCGGGCACGAUCGACAUGCUGACCGGGCUGGAGGUGCAGACGACGAACGACAAGCUGGGGUGGGAGCUGCCGAACGUCGACCUGCGGCAGGACUUCUCCUCCGACGACAUCGAAACCCUCAUGCAGGCCUGCGACGACGCGGGCGGCAUCCUCGUCUUUUCAAACCAGUCGCCGGACAUGAGCAUCCACGACCACGUGCGCUUCGCGAAGAAGCUGGCCGAGGUCAACGAGACGUGCUGCGAGCCGCACCACGUGUCCAAGGGCCACCCCAACGCCCCCGAGGUCCUCGAGAUCGUCCGCGAGGCCGGCGCGCACGUCGUCUUUGGCGAGAACUGGCACUCGGACAUCUCGUUCGCCGCGCAGACGGCCUCCUACUCGAUCCUGCGCGGCACGGAGGUGCCGCGGCUGGGCGUGAACGACACGCUCUUCUCGUCGGCGGAGGACGCGUACGACGCGCUCUCGCCCACCAUGCAGAACCUCCUCCUUGACCUCAACGCCUACCACUCCGCCAACCGCGCCUACGGCGCCGGCCACCCGGGCAACUCGCGCGCGGCCAUGGAGGGCACGACGACGAUGCAGAUGCGCGAGGACACGCCGCAGCUCGAGCUGGACGUGCUGCAGCCGAUCGUGACGGUGCACCCGCGCACGGGCCGCCGCGGCCUCUUUGCGUCGCCCACCUUCACCAGGCACAUUGACGGCAUGAAGCCCGCCGAGUCGCGCGCGAUCCUCGACUUUGUCUACAAGUGGAUCGCGCGGCCCGAGUUCUGCACGCGCGUCUCGUGGCUGCCCAACCAGGUGACGAUGUGGGACAACCGCUCGCUGUCGCACAAGGGCGUCGCGGACGACUGCUCCGAGAAGCGCGUUGUCCAGCGCGUCACCAUCCGUGGCAGCUCCCCCCUCAACCACCGCGGCCAGCAGCUCUCCCUCACCAACCAGAUCAAGGCGGCCGGUGCCGGCCUCUUCUGGGAGGCAAACGGAGAGGGGGAGGAGCAGGCGAGCGGUGGCGGAGCCCCCUUCUUGCCCGUCAGCCGGAGGCUUCAUCCUGAUCACGUGCAUCAUCAACGCUGCACAGUCUGCCGACCAUGGACCCUGGGAAUCAGGUCUGCCGACCAUCGACCCUGGGAAUCAGGUCUGCCGACCAUCGACCCUGGGAAUCAGGCCUGCUGA